AAGAAAACAAAAUCACCACUCACAUUUGGUGACAGCUUUAGAGCCGUCUGUCUUUGUUCACGCAAAAAUGGAGGUAGAUAGGGAAGUGGUUUUAUAAAAUGGGAGUCUACUCCCUCACCUGCUAUUUUCAACAAAGAUGCUUCUCUAACUUUGCUUGAAUGAAACAGAAGAGAAAGACGACGAUGGACAGCAUGUUCUUUUUUAUCUUUUUUUUUCAUUGUGCGUUAGGUGGAAGUUUACAGAGCAAAUUAGUUUCCUGACCGAUAGUUAUACGUAGUGUCCCAUGACAUUGGUGUCGUUCCCUGCGAUGUGCCCACACUCCCCCCAUUUCCACCCUCGGUUCCCUUUCUCCUUUCUUCCUAGUUUCUACGCCUUCCUGGUUUCUCCUCUUUGCUUUGGGGCAAAUAUUGCUCUUUUGAUCUUGUGUAACAGAUUGUUCUAAGGAGCACGUUCCUCUCCGGUGUUGUUCAUUUUGUGGGUCUGUCUCUGGUUUGGCUGAAAGGUGGUCUCCAGGAAGGGCUUCAGCUCCAGUUCAGGGGGGUCUUAGGGCCAUAGUCUUUGGGUAGACAGUGUGUUCUUAAAGUGUGGGUCUUGGGACCUCCCUCCUCUGUCUCGCUCACACAUUCCCUGCCCCCUGCUCACCGCUCCCAGGGAUAAGAGGUGCCCUUCCGAGGCCUGGCUGGUUGUGUUUGCUCACUGUUUACCUGUCACUUGGCCAGGUACUGGCUUCACGGCACUCCACGGUGCUCAGGGCUAGGGCCCCUUACAGGGUCAGUGACAAGGGCAGCUCAUUGGGGUCAUUGGUGACGUGCGUCUCAGGGGUAAGAUCAAGGCAGAGCUGGCCCUUGGUUGAUGGAAAGGGAUUCUGACCUGGCAGAGGUCUCCAACAGGUGUUCGUCCCACCCUCUUGAGCCAGUGCCCGGCCAUUCCUGGGUUUGAUGUGGUCGUUAGUGACGUGGCUCCCGGUUGGUGUCACAGCCGCUGGCUGUUGGUACCACAUCCUGUGCUGGGGGGGCCGUCCGGGAGCACAUUCUUCUGCCUUGGUGUCAUAGGCUGUGCGUGUUCACACCAGGCCCUGGAUCGCUGAGGCCACCAGGGCCACAUUUUCCCAGUUGAGCGUCACACACGGGAGCCAGCUGGAUGUCCUAGUCAAUGAGUGUCACUGUUUUCUGGUUCUGCUGUCACUCAGGAUUGGCUUUCUUGUUUGUCCAGAUUCGGGAGGAGGGGGCGCUCUGUCAGCAUUUUCCAACUUUGGAGCCGGAUGGUACGGAGAGGCACUGGGCCGUGGGAUUCCUCUGCAAUCCUCACUGGGAGCCCACAUCUGGACGGCAGCUCCAGAGCUGUUAACCAGCUGUUUCCAAAAACCCACUGGAUUUGUCUGGGUCUCGAAUGGCAGCUGCAGGUGCCCCAUCGGUUGCCACUUUCCAAUAAGACACUGGCACCUCGUGUCCCACGUGAAGUCUGGGCACGCACCCCCGUGAAUGCCCCCCUACACUCAGACUGGGAACCUACCAGGAAAAGGAGGAGUUCCGGCAUGGUCCGGGGGCCUCUGACCACCCUUCCCUGCGGAAGGGACAGGCUUGAGGGGAGGGCAGCGAUUGCGUGUCACCCAGGUAGUCUCUAUCAUCCAUUCCGUCAUUCGUUUGUUCAGGACCAGAUCCGGCGGGGGUCUGGGAUACAAACGUGGUAGAUUGGCCCCUGCCCCAAGGCCCAGCCCCCUCAGCCCAGGGCAGCUCUGACACCAGCUGUGAGAAGCGUCUGGAGGAGUAAUAGCUAAGGAGCAGGAAGCUGCCAGUGUUGCCUUUCGUGUGGAGUGGAGCUGAAUGGAGGUGUUUUUGAUGACACACCUGCUCUCACCCUCUUGCGUCCAGACAUGCUUUUGGGACGUUUGGGAAGGGAGGAGUACCCUCCUCCACGUCCCCGUGCAGACCCCGCACCUGUAGGCUCUGGGUUCAUCCAGGUCUGUGUCGGCCAUUUCUGGCUGAAGGCUGGGAGCCUGUGUUCUGGGAGCGUCUUUGCAAAUGUUGUCUGUCAGUCCAUGCACUGUCGCAGGCCCUCCCUACCCCGGCUCUGCACUCAGCCUCACGUCCCAUAUCUGUGUCUUCCAGCCCCCCGACGGGCAGCGUGAGGAGAACCUGUGCCCCAGAAGCAGGAUGAGAAGAUGGCAGACUUCCUGUUAUGUCGGGGCACCAGCAGCUUCCGCAGGUUUACCCGGGAGUCCCUGGCGGCCAUCGAGAAGCGCCUGGCAGAGAAGCAGGCCCGCAGCUCGGCCGCCUCACAGGAGAGCCGCGACGGGCUGCCUGAGGAGGAGGCGCCCCAGCCUCAGCUGGACCUGCAGGCCUCCAAGAAGCUGCCCGAUCUCUAUGGCAACCCGCCCCGUGAGCUCAUCGGGGUGCCCCUGGAGGACCUGGACCCCUUCUACAGCACCCAGAAGACCUUCAUCGUGCUGAAUAAAGACAAGACCAUCUUCCGGUUCAGUGCCACCGACGCCCUGUACCUCUUCAGCCCCUUCCACCCGGUCCGGAGAGCGGCUGUGAAGAUUCUGGUUCAUUCACUCUUCAACAUGCUGAUCAUGUGCACCAUCCUGACCAACUGCGUGUUCAUGGCCCAGCAUGACCCCCCGCCCUGGACCAAGUAUGUCGAGUACACGUUCACUGCCGUUUACACUUUUGAGUCUCUGGUCAAGAUUCUGGCUCGAGGCUUCUGCCUGCAUGCGUUCACUUUCCUUCGGGACCCGUGGAACUGGCUGGACUUCAGUGUGAUUGUCAUGGCGUAUGUAUCAGAAAAUAUAAAACUAGGCAAUUUGUCGGCUCUUCGAACUUUCAGAGUCCUGAGAGCUCUAAAAACUAUUUCAGUUAUCCCAGGCCUGAAGACCAUCGUGGGUGCCUUGAUCCAGUCUGUGAAGAAGCUGGCCGAUGUGAUGGUGCUCACGGUCUUUUGCCUCAGCGUCUUCGCCCUCAUCGGCCUGCAGCUUUUCAUGGGCAACCUGAGGCACAAGUGUGUGCGAAACUUCACGGUUCUCAAUGGCACCAACGGCUCAGUGGAGGCCGACGGCCAGGUCUGGGACUCGCUGGACAUGUACCUGAACCAUGAAGACAAUUACCUGUUGAAGAACGGCACCUCGGACGUGUUACUGUGUGGGAACAGCUCAGAUGCCGGGGCAUGUCCUGAGGGCUACCGGUGCCUAAAGGCAGGCCAGAACCCGGACCACGGCUAUACCAGCUUCGACUCCUUUGCCUGGGCUUUCCUCGCGCUCUUCCGCCUGAUGACGCAGGACUGCUGGGAGCGCCUCUACCAGCAGACCCUGAGGUCUGCAGGCAAGAUCUACAUGAUCUUCUUCAUGCUUGUCAUCUUCCUGGGCUCCUUCUACCUGGUGAACCUGAUUCUGGCUGUGGUCGCCAUGGCCUACGAGGAGCAAAACCAAGCCACCAUUGCCGAGACCCAGGAGAAGGAAAAGCGCUUCCAGGAGGCCCUGGAAAUGCUCAAGAAGGAACAUGAGGCCCUUGCCAUCAGGGGUGUGGACACUGUGUCCCGCAGCUCCCUGGAGAUGUCCCCUUUGGCCCUGGUAACCGCCCACGAUAGAAGGAGCAAGAGGAAGAAACGAAUGUCUUCCGGGACGGAAGAGUGUGGGGAUGACAGGUUCCCCAAGUCCGACUCAGAAGAUGGCCCCAGAGUACUGAAUCGUCUCAGCAUCACCCCUGGCCUCAGCGGGACCUCCAUGAAGCCACGCUCCAGCCACGGGAGCAUCUUCACCUUUCGCCGGCGAGACCUGGGUUCGGAGACAGACUUCGCAGAUGACGAAAACAGCACAGCCGGGGAGAGCGAGAGCCACCGCACAUCACUGCUGGUGCCCUGGUCCCUGCGCCGGCCCAGCACCCAGGGCCAGCCUGGCCCCGGGACACCAGCUCCCGGCCACAUUCUCAAUGGCAAAAGGGACAGUACCGUGGACUGCAAUGGGGUGGUCUCCUUGCUGGGGGCAGGCGAACCUGAGGCCACGUCCCCAGGGAGCCGUCUUCUCCACCCUAUGAUGCUGGAGCGGCCCCCAGACACGACCACACCGUCGGAUGAGCCAGGCGGGCCCCAGGUGCUGACCCCCCAGGCUCCACGUGUGGACGGCUUCGAGGACCCAGGAGAGCGGCAGCGGGCCCUCAGCGCGGUCAGCAUCCUCACCAGUGCACUGGAAGAGUUGGAGGAGUCUCACCGCAAGUGCCCGCCCUGUUGGAACCGCUUUGCCCAGCGCUACCUGACCUGGGAGUGCUGCCCUCUGUGGAUGUCCAUCAAGCAGGGAGUGAAGGCCAUGGUCAUGGACCCAUUCGCAGACCUCGCCAUCACCAUGUGCAUUGUGCUCAACACGCUCUUCAUGGCCCUGGAGCACUAUAACAUGACAACGGAAUUCGAGGAGAUGCUGCAGGUUGGAAACCUGGUAAGGGCCACUGGCAGCUGACCGGUGAAUGGGCAUCCUGGUGGGACGGGCUCUCAGCCAACUGGCACAGCCUUCGUAGGUAAGGGAGGAGGUGUCCUGAGCACAAAGGGAUCUUAUCAUGGUGGGAGUCACCAUGGAAGACAUCAGAAGAGGGAGUCUCAGAGUCAGCUUUUAAGGAGCUGAGAGGUGUGGAUUGGGGGUGGAAGAUUGGCAAUGUAAGUUUAUGAUGAUGUCCGGAGACUGGAAAAAAAGGUGAAUUGGGGUGAGCCUGAAAUGUGUGAAGAAGUGAGAUUUUGCAGUUGGUGGAUGGGGGAGGAGAGGGUAUGAGGAAGGAGGCAGAUCUCUUAUUGACUAAGAUUGCAAAGAUGCUCACCAGUGUUUGUUGGCUGGGAGAAAGGAUGAGUAGUUGAUUGGAUGGGUGGAUGGGUGGAUAGAUGGAUGGAUGGAUGGUUGGAUGGAUGGUUGGAUGGAUGGAUGGGUGGGUGGGUGGAUGGGUAGGUGGGUGGAUGGGUAGGUGGGCGGGUGGGUGGAUAGCUGGGUGUCGUGAGUAAAUCAGGCAGAGCUAGGUUUGAAUUCUGACUUAGCUCUUACUAGCUAUGUGACCUCAAGCAAAUUACUAAGUCUCAGUAAUUGGUAUGAUGAGUAUUUGUUAAAUUUAAUAAAUGUAAAAUCAGUAUGACAGCAUCAGCCUCACAGGAAACUAACGAAGGUUGAGUAAGAUAAUAUCUGUAACGGGCUUGGCUAGAGUUUGAUAAACAAUAAGCAUUCAAAAUAAAUGAUAGUUGUGGUUAUUGUUGUCAUUGUUGUUAUUAAACAGACUAACCCUGGAAGUCAGAAUAUCUAGGUUUUAAUCCUGAUUUUUUUUUUUCUUGAGAUCAAAUCCUGCCUCUUUGCUAUGGGGAAGACAAUGCCCCAAGAAGAGAAGGGCGACAUAGUGAUAGCAGAGUGGGCCUGCAACCACUGGUCCUGACACCCAAGGAUAGGGUUCUGUCCAGGUAAACACAGAGUCAGCCUUCUCCACUGGCAUCAGAAAGGGGCUCCUGGAUCCCUGGUGAGUUGUUGUGGGGACAGGAGGACCUCUGGCCACCUGAUCUUGGCUCACUCUGACUGAUACCCAGCCCUAUCUUGGGCCCGCCCACUCGGGUACCCCCACAGGCAGGCAAGUCUUCCACACUAUGGAGCGUGAGGAUUUUCUUCUCUUGCUACUUUCCAAGCCCAGGACUCUUGAUAGUUCUCUGCUAAGUCUAUUCAAACUUUUUCACAAAUAGAGUUUACUUUGCUGUACUUUUUCCCCCCUUCUUCUAUACUUGCCCUGGUUGCACAGUGGUUAAGAGUUCCGCUGCUAACCAAAAAGUCAGCAGCUUGAAUCCAACAGCUGCUCCUUGGAAACCCUAUGGGGA